AUCUUCCGACAUACCUAUGAAAACAUCGGUGCAGUUUAGUGUAUUUUAUCCGCCUGGUUUGUCAUAUAUUGAGGGGUAUACGAAAGUACCUCCGUCUAAUUCGUCACCCAGCUUAGAUGAGGAAAACUUAAAAAAUUUCUCCGAUUUCCUUAUAACAGUGGGCACUGUUGUGGGCACCUUAAUAAUAUUAAUGAACGUCUUGCUCAUCAGUUGUUUCUUACACAGAAUAUCCAAGAAACGGAUUUCAGAACAAAGUAAUCAAACUCGUACAUGGGCUACCAUCGAAAUGUGUGCUCCGAAUAGCCACAACGAUACCGUCACAGGUGAAACAUUGUCCUCAGUUAAUGACAAAAGUGCAACUUACAGUAACGAAGGAAGUAAGAACGACUACGUGGAGGAUGACCCUAAACAAGCAACAAGGAUUUACUUCAUGGUCGAACCGGACUACCCAGGUGUACAGCCAGUGUGUCUCAGUUAUGACCAUGAUAGGACCAGAGCUAGAGAUGACCAAAGCCUUGACUUUCAAGGCACUAUGACAGCAAAAUCGACGUUCAUAAGUGCCCCACCGCCAGCACCUCCAGCAGACGGGUCGUAUUACAACAUGUCCCACUGCUAUCUUUCGAAUCCACCACCUCUAGAUUUUCAAGAUCCGCCUCCAAUACCGGCACUUCCUCAGGUGGAUCAUAUGCACAACCCGAUGACACCGCCUCUUCCGGCCAAUGAAUCUCUUCUCCGCCAUCAGCGAGAUGCCGUUCCAUCGCCAGACGUUCUUCACAAAACCAGCGAGAAUCCCCAAAGUCUCCUAGCUCAAAUUCUUGAACAGGAAGGAUAUCUUGUCUGAGACAUGGAAGAUAUUUUAAAUGUCGUGUAAAAUAUCAAGCGCGACUGAUGCUCAAUUUUGUGAAUUUAAAAAGGAUCGCUGCAAAACAAAGACAUAUGUAAUCAAUUAAUAACAGGGUAUUUAAUAAGUUUCUCAACAAUAACUCUGUUAAAACAGUUAAUAUUGUUGUUUGGAUAUAUUGUUAAAUGUUAAUUUAAGUUCUUUUUGCAUGUUUUUACAUGAGUAAAAAAUGUUAUUUACUAG